AUGAAUCGAAUUUUGAAAUUAAUUUGGUAUUGGUCAUUAUGUAUAUUACCAUUUACAUCAAUGAUAACAUUUAUUGUUACAUUAGUAGUAUGUAAUCAAGUAUUAAGAAAUAAUAAUGAGUUAAACCAAGACUUACCAAAUAUUUCUGUACUUGGAACACGUUCAGGUUAUAAAUAUUUUGUUGCUGGAUUUGUUCUAUUAGCUGCACAAUUUUUAUUAAAUCUUAUUGGUCGAUUACAAUAUUUAUGUCAAUCUCAGUUUAUUAUUAAUCGUAUUAUUUUAUAUCUAAUACAUUUAAAUGGAUUGAUUGCAUCUAUAUUUAUGUUAAUAAUGGCUAUUGUUAAUUUACGUCAAAAUGGUCCUCUUCAUGUAACUGCUGCUAUAACAAUGUUUGGAUUUCUUGGUGGAUAUUGUAUAUUACAUACUUGCGCGAUUUUUUAUCUUUUUAUAAAAAGAUCCCAAGCUCCUCAAUAUUCAAAUAUUUUCUUGCCAAUAUGGUUUCUUAUUUGUAGUAUAGUGCUUAUUAUCUGUGUCAGUAUUUGGGUUUCAAAUAUGCCUAAUAGUAUUCCACAAUAUAUUGCUGCCUCAAUGCCGUUUCUCUAUACAAUUGGUUUUAUACCACAAUUUUUUAAACAAGCACGAAUGGAAGGAGAAAGUCGUGUCUCAUCUAGACAAUCAAAUUGCUCGAAUGACAUAGCUUUAUAA